GUGUGAACGGAAUGAGAAGAAUUUAUUAUUAAUUCCAUUGAUUCUGAGAGGCUAACUACCCAUCGUUUGACAUGUGUUACUUCAACUCCCAACCCCGGAUUUGCGGUGUUUAUAGCCAUGGAUCCCACAUAUAAUCUCGUCCCGCCGACGUCAGCGCAUAGCAGCUCAUUGGCAAUAGUAACGUCAUUUUACGAUUCUGACUUGCAAACCAAAGUAUUCUCAUUGGAUCUUUUAGCCAGCCAUAUGAUAGCUAAGUAUAUGAUCCGUUAUCUUCCUCUCAGAUCUGUGCUAUUGCUUUCAUGUUCAAGCUGGCCGCCUCGAUCUCGUAACUUGGCCGCUUUUCAUAUUUAUCAAAAUUUUCCUCUCAAGGACUUUAUUUAUCAUUAUACGACUUAUCUUUCCUAUCAUCAUGUUGCAAUCCGUGCUCCGCGAAACGGUCCAUACCACGAAGGAUGCAUUGGCUGGCAACAAGAAGGUUGCAGACAUCAAGAAUGACCUCGUUGAACAGACUAAUAAGACAAAACUGACAAGUGACUUCGGCGUCAAAGAGCCCGACACUGAUAACUGGCUUUCAGCUUCGACAAAUGGCAGACAAGGCCCUCUGUUGCUGGAGGAUAAUUUUGCCAGGGAGAAGGUAUGUUAGAAUGUUCCAUGAGCGGCGUCCAUAUCAUGGACUACCCUCUUCAAAGCCCUCGCGUCGUCUACUUGAUAUCUUUAGCUAACUGAUGUCAGAUUAUGCACUUUGAUCAUGAGCGUAUCCCAGAAAGAGUAGUCCACGCUCGUGGUUCGGGCGCCUUCGGGACGUUCAAGCUUUAUGAGAGCCUCGCAGACGUCACCCACGCCAAAGUGCUCACGGAUACAUCUCGUACCACCCCCGUUUUUGUCCGGUUCUCGACCGUCCUUGGAAACCGUGGCAGCGCCGAUACUGUUCGCGAUGUGCGCGGGUUCGCAACCAAAUUCUACACUGAGGAGGGAAACUGGGAUCUCGUCGGGAAUGAUAUUCCAGUUUUCUUUAUCCAGGACGCCAUAAAAUUCCCAGACGUUAUUCACGCUGGCAAGGCCGAGCCCGACUCCGAGAUCCCGCAAGCCCAGAGCGCUCAUAACAACUUCUGGGAUUUCCAGUAUCUGCAUUCUGAGGCAACGCACAUGUUCAUGUGGGCGAUGAGCGACAGGGCUAUCCCUCGCUCGUUCCGCAUGAUGCAGGGUUUUGGUGUCAACACCUUUACCCUUACCAAUACCGAAGGCGUCCGCUCGUUCGUGAAGUUCCACUGGACUCCAACUCUCGGCGUGCAUUCGUUGGUUUGGGACGAAGCUCUGAAGCUCGCAGGAAAUGACCCUGACUUCCAUCGCCGCGACCUCUGGGACGCCAUCAAGAAGGGCGCUUAUCCAUCCUGGAAGUUCGGUGUCCAAAUCUGCCCAGAAUCUCGCCAGGAUGAGUUCGACUUCGACAUCCUCGAUGCCACUAAGGUCUGGCCGGAGGAUAUAUUCCCAGUUCGCUAUGUCGGUGAGAUGCAGCUCAACCGUAACGUCAAUGAGUUUUUCACGCAGACUGAGCAGAUUGCAUUCUGCACCGCGCACGUGGUUCCUGGUAUCGGGUUCUCAGAUGAUCCUCUCCUCCAAGGACGCAACUUCUCCUACUUUGACACUCAGAUUUCACGCCUCGGAGUCAACUUCCAAGAGCUUCCCAUCAACCGUCCCAUCUGUCCCGUGAUGAACCACCACCGUGACGGCGCCCUCCGCCACAAAACCACCCCGGGCAAUAUGAACUACUGGCCUAACCGCAAAUCCGUUGUCCCACCCGCCUCCGAAGCCAAAGACGGCGGCUACAUCGACUUCCCCGAGAAGAUCGCAGCUAUGAAAGUGCGCCUUCACUCCGCCAAAUUUAAGGAGCACUUCAACCAGGCACAGCUGUUCUACAACUCGCUCUCGCCCAUUGAGAAAUUGCAUGUCCGUAAGGCUCUGGCCUUCGAACUCGACCACUGCGAUGACCCGAUCGUGUACAGACGCUUGGUCGAACGUCUAUGUGACAUCUCUCUCGGACUUGCCAAAGCAGUUGCUGAAACUGUCGGCGCGCCAAUUCCCUCCAAGGCUGGUCACCCGAACAACGGCCAAACUUCUAAGGGGCUCAGCCAGCUGGAGUUCUCACCCCGUGCUCAGGGGUUGAAGUCCACGAUUGUCAGCCGCAAUGUGGCGAUCUUGGUGGCUGAUGACUAUGACUUCGCCGAGUAUGAAGCUGUCAAAGCGGCUCUUACCGCUGCUGGAGCGUUUGUCGCCACGAUCGGGCCAAGGAGGGGAGCUGUCAAGGCGAGCGAGGGCAGGGAGACACAGACUGACCACCAUUGGGAGGGAAUUCGCAGCGUUGCCUUUGACGCUCUCUAUAUCCCUGGCGGCGCUCAUGUGGCCGCCCUUGAGAAGAGUGGACGAGCUAUGCACUGGGUGCGCGAGGCAUUCGGGCAUCUCAAGGCUAUUGGGGCGACGGGGAGCGCGGUGGCGUUUGUGCAAAAAGCUGUUGGUGUCGAGGGAAUGGUGUUUAGUGGGUCCGGAGAGGUUGUUGACUGCUAUGGUGUUGUGACUGCUGGGGGGUUGGGGGAGAAGCCACAGAGUAUAAGGGAGGGCUUGGAGAAGGUAAAAGGGGAGAUGAAGUUUGUUGAUACGUUUGCGUAUAAUAUUUCGGAGCAUAGGAACUUCCAACGUGAGUUGGAUGGGAUUAAUGAUAUGGUUGCUUACUAAGGGGGCGGGUGUAUUAUAGGAGCUCUAUCCCUUUAAAGACACCAAUACGUAUAACCUUACUUGCCUGAGCGCGAAACAUAGAUUCUGCAAUAUGCACAUGA